UUGGCACCUAGGGACGCGUCUGGGGCUACGCAGCCUAGGGGCUUCCGAGGGAUAAAAGCGCUGGGCCUGGAACCCAGCCCUGAGGACAUCUAGCAGCCUGGGGCCAGUGACGCCUGCUGUGAGAAGCUGGGCCCUACAGGAUGGUGGAAGACCCGCUGGAGCUGCGGAUGCUCAAUCUGGAGCUCCUGAGGCAGCUGUGGGUCGGGCAGGAUGCCGUGCGGCGGUCGGUGGCCAAGGCAGCCUCAGAGUCCAGCCUGGACUCCAGCAACAAUGACAACACAGAGAUGUCACGGUCCCAAAAGACUCCCUCAGCUUCCUCCAGAGCCUCCUGCCCACGGGGCAAGUGCCACCCUAAGGGCCCACCAGAUGCCCACCAAAGUGACCCCUUUGAUGUGGCCAGCUGCAAGGUGGCUGCUCUCCAGCCUGCCAAGUGCCAGCACCAGGAGUCUCUGGGCCAGCCAAGAUCCCACUCAUCCCCUCAUCUGAAGGCGGCCACCUCAGACUUGAAGGACCCAGAGCCUUCUGCAGGGCCAGGUGAUCUGGGGCCCCAGGAGGAACAAUCCCUGAAGUCUGUCUUGGCUCAAGGAAGCAAGCAGUCCAAGCCCAAAGUGACCUUCUGUGAAGAGUCCAAGGAGUCUGUACUACCUGACAGGAGCAUGCACCUCCCGCCUCACCUGGGAUAUGACUGGAUUGCAGGGGCUCUGGGCAACAGCUCUUCUGUCACCAGCCAGCCUGAGACCUUCUUCUCAAAGCUACAGGAGUUCCGGGAAGCCAACAAGGAGGAGUGUAUUUGUAGAUACCCCGAACCCCAGUUCCUGGGCCAGCCUGAGAGCAGCAAUGUGGAGGAGGACCAUGAGUGUGUGUACUGUUACCAGGUCAACCGGCGCCUGUUUGUGGUGCCCUUGGAUCCUGGCACCCCCUGCCGCCUGUGCAGGAUACCACGGAGCCAGCGGGACCCUAAAACCCUGGAGGAGUCAGCGCAGGUCAGGGUGAGCAUCCCACUGUCCAUCCUGGACCCUCCCCACCAGUACCGUAUCCACCGGCGUAAGAGCUUCGACAACUCCGACACGCUGGCCCUGCCUCGGCACUGCCUGCUGGGCUGGGACAUUCUCCCUCCGAAGUCUGAGAAAAGCUCAGCCCUGAAGAGCCUGGACCUCUGGUCUGCUGUCUCCUCUGGGGCCCAGCAUCAGAAGAUGUCAGCCACCAGACCUUCCUUCCUGGCUUUGCCAGCACGGGUCCCACCCCCACCCCCAACCUGGAUAGAACCCCAGGUCCCUGUGCCCCAUGUCCCACGGCAGUAGCCCUGAGGACUGCCCACUUGGAGGGACAGCGCUCCUGCCACCUUUUGGAUGCUCCUAGCUGGUCUCAGCUGGCCAUGGCUUGGGUCUUGCUCUCCUAGGUCAGGCAGGUGGGCCUAGGCCUGUCUCCUGCUUGGGGUCUACAGAGGGGGGACUUCUGGGUGGAGAAGGAGAUUCCAUGACAAGUUUGUAAAUAAAGCUUAGGUCUUUGGA